AUGAGUUUGGGGGCCGAUGGUGUCGCCGUCCACUCGGUUCCCUCCAAAUCCAGUAAACCGUUGAUUGCAAUGCCAUCUUUGCCAGAGUUGCGUCUAGCUUUGAGAGCCGGUUUCUCUGAAGGCUAUUCACCGUCAAAGUCCAAUCCGGAUUUAUCCUUGAUCUGA